AUGCUUUGUGUUCUGUAGUCAGUCUGCGCUUGCAAAGUAUAGGCGACAGAUGAUGGUAAUGGGAGUGCGUGCUACUAAGCGGCUUGUUUGGUGGAUAUAUAAAAGUAAGACAACGAACAGUUCUUCUAAAGAUAUUGUAAGACUUUAAUGAUUGCACAUAACCAAAGCAAGAUGUGGUGCUUAGUGAGUCAACCUAAUGCUGUGAUAUUGGAGGUGGAGGUAGAUCCCAAGGCGAGGGGACAGGAAUGUCUCGAAAAGGUGUGCCAGUACCUUGGCAUUGGUAACGAGGCUGAUUAUUUUGGACUGAAGUACCACUGCUCUAAAGGGGAAGAACUGUGGUUAAAUCUUCGUAAUCCUAUUGAGAGACAAGUGGGAGGCGUUCCUCCAUACCGUUUUGCUCUCAGAGUAAAAUUUUGGGUGCCUCCACAUCUUUUGCUGCAAGACACAACCAGGCAUCAGUUUUAUCUUCAUUCCCGGUUGGAUCUUUUGGAGGGCCGCCUGAAGGUUCCAGAUUCAUUAGUAGCUGCUAAAUUGGCAGCUUGGAUGGCACAGGCAGAAUCUGGUGAUUAUGAUCCUCAGUCGUGUCCCCAAAGUGUUUACGCCCAAUACUGCCAGCUAGGUGGUGUCAAUACCUCGAGGCCCCAAGACUUUAUUCAGAUGAUUGCUGCACAGCAUCGUGAACUUAAGGGCAAUAAGCAGUCAGCAGCAGAGUACUGGCUUCUCAAGGAGGUGUCUUAUCUUGAAGAUUUUGGCGAGGAGGUGUUUCAAACAAAAACGAGCAAUGGUGGAAGAUGCAGUCUUGGAGUUGGUCCACAUGGGCUCAGUGUAUAUCAUCCAGAUUCAACAAAACAAAGCAUACCAUACACAGCCAUCCAAAGUGCUGCCUCACAGCGACGUUCCUUCCAUCUUCUGUACCUGGAUCUUGACAGCAAUGAGGCAACACUCGAUCUGAAACUGGAAACAUCACAGGCAGCGAGUGGUCUGUACCGUGCUAUCACCGAAAAGCAUGCCUUCUAUAGUUGUGAGACAGUACGCAGUGCAGUUACAGCUCAAUUCAUAAGGGAUUUAAAGGGCACAAUUGUGUCCAUAUUUAAUGAGGACACUUCUCUCGGGAAGAAAUACGUGUUCGACAUACGACGUACCUGCAGGGAAGUCUACGACAAUGCGAGGAGGGCAUUGUAUCAGUCUGCAAGUUCAACUUUUCCCCCACCAGAGGAAAGUCCAGAGCAGCAGAUACACAAUACUCCAGAACAGUGUGACAACUGUGUGGAUGAAAAAUGCAAGUCAUCACAGCGGAAGUUUGCACGGUUGCUGGAAGCAAUGUCUUGCCGUAUCUGCAUGGACAGGGGCAUUGAUACCGCAUUUUUUCCCUGUGCACAUGUUAUAGCAUGUAGUGAAUGUGCUGCCCGUUGUGAUCGCUGCCCACUUUGCCGUGCAGAAAUAGAUCAAGCGAAGAGGAUUUACUUGCCCGUAGAACUGCAACAGCUUCCAACCUGUUAGAAUAAAUUGACAAUACUCCUUUGUUAAAGUGUGCUCUCAGAUGUGAUGCUCUUGGACCAUACACCCUGCAUGUGAUGGGGAAUGUGUAAUUGUGAAAGAACACAAGUUGUACACGUGCAGUUACAUUCCUGUUAAUUUUAAUCACUCCUGAAAGUUAGUGUCUUUAUAGUGCCUGUAAUCUACAUAAACAUGAUCACCUGAAGCAUUUACAAAAGGAAUAAAAGAAUGUUGUGCAGUGUGGAUAUAAAAUGACAGUUUUAGGACGUGAAGUGUAAAACAUGCAGUUUAAUGAAGGUGAACUGCCAAAAAACUAAUAGUAAUAGUUUUAAAACAUGACUGGUGAUAUUUCAGACUGACAGUAGUGACAGGAUGUUAUAUGCAAAGUGAAAAACAGUACAGAAUGUACUGCAGCCUCUAAUAAAUUAAUCAAAUUAAGUAGAAUGUGUGUAAAGUUAAAAGCACUGGUGAUGUGCUAGGAACAGCUCUUCAGAAAAAAUAUUUUAAAAUAUUUAACAUUGCUCCAAGUGAUUUAAAUUUACACUGCAAAGGGCAAGAUUGAGUAUUCAUAUCUCAGGGACACAAGCUGCAACUUGGAAUCUGUAUCUGUUAAUGAAUGCAAGUACUGUCAGAUUAAUUUUAGGAAAAGGUGUAAAGUUAAUUUCAGUAUUGUGCAUAACCAUUUUAUACUUUCUUGCCUCAUUAAAAAAAAAAAAACUGAACUGACAGCAUUUAUAGUACCUGAUUGUGCGUAUCCAUGCACUUAAUUGAAAGUAAAACUUUA